AUGAAAGAAGAAAUAUCGCUAUCACCGCCUGACAAAAAGGAUGGGGCUAUUGGUUUAUUUAGUCGACUUUUGCGCCUGGAUACCCUGAGCAAAAAACAUAGUGCACCUGAUAGUGCUAUUGCUUCCGAACCACAUACAAUAUAUUAUGGAGUCUACAUACCUUGCGAAAUUAAAAAAGGUCCUGAUGAAGAAGCUUUACAUGUAUAUAAGAAUAAAUCUGAAGCGUUGGAGCUUGUGCGGCGGUAUAAGUCAGCAAGAUUCAAGAUGUUCAGGAGUCAUCAAGAUGCAGUUUCCUUUGCAUUGAGAGGUGCUGAACCAACAGAUGCACAUGAUGGAAACAGUAACUCCUUGAUGGGUGAAAAGCCGUAUCCAUUUAAAGCGCCCUCGCCUCAAGACAUGGUGGCCUUACGUAAGUCGAUCGAAGCGGGACUCGCGAGCACAGUCCGCGAUCGGAUAUGGGACAACCCGCGAUACCUCGUAAGCAGUGGCAACUCACCGGCUAUUAUGCAGGAAGGUUCGCGGUACAACGCGUUGCACAUCGCAGCAAAAGCAAUGAAUGCGGAGAUUUGCAAUUUGAUUUUGACAACGGUUGGCAAUCCUGUUUUCGUACAGGCGCUGUAUGGGAUGGAUGCGGACCCUGAAUCUUGUAAGGAAUUCUCAUCGAUCCUGGUGGAUCGAUACCUCAAUACUCCGGACAAGGCGAUGAACGAGACGCCGCUUCACUUUGCCGCCAAAUUCGGCGCUGAGGCCGUAGUUGACGUGCUUACAUCCUUCCCGCAAUGCAACAGAAAAGCUAGCAACAAGUACGGCGAGAAGCCCGAGGACAUAAUCUGCAACCGCACGUCGAACGCGUCGCCGGAAGUAGUGCGCAGCAUCCGCAGUAUGCUGCAGGAGCGCUUCUACGUGCCCGUGCUGCACGCCGACGACGAGAGCGCCGAGCCCACUAUCGGCCUGCCCUUCACUCCGGCGGCGCCGCCCGAGAUCAACAGCGACCCGCUGAGUCCGCGGUACGAGAUCCGUGCGUUCGCAGGCCCCAUGCCGGCGCGUGACGCCGACGUGUUCCGGCGCCGCUGGAAGACGCCGCCGCGACACACCUUCCGCCUCGCCGACACCGCCAAAGGACUCGAGGCCGUCGGCAGGAGUCUGGCGGAACAACUGAAAGUGGGCUGGAAGGAAUACUGGCCGUUCUUAGACACCUUCACAGAUCUUCGCACUCACGAAGGCUUAACACUCUUAGAAAAUUAUCUUAAAAGUAAAUACGAGUGCGCUUGCUCCUUCGCAUACAGCGACAGUUGCGCACAAUCACAACACUCUCCUGACGAUCUAUCAUUAUCUAGAAUAAGCUUAGGCAACCUAUCUCAAAAUAGUCCUAACAAAGACAGCAAAGACUCGCCGCUGAGCCCCAUAUCCGAAUUGUGUAUGGCGAUGAAAACGUGCAAAAUAUCAUCGGACAGGCCGCCGCAUUGGAAGAAAACCGAUCCGAUCAAGCAGCGGCUCUGUAGACAGCCCAACCUGAAAGCAAUCAGCGUAACAAACGGAGACACAGCGCCAUCUAUGAACCACACGGUCAACCAACUGCUGUGCAUCGAAAGAACGUGCCAAGUUUUCGCGAAGAGGAUAGCAGACGCGUUGGUGUUCUCCCUCACAGCGGAACCGGAAGUCGCCGGGGACUCUCUGAAAUCAGAAGCGAAACAUUUGCAGCACACAAUAUACACUUAUAUGGACGACGAGAGGUUCCAACAGAUCAACUUUGCACUGAUACAUUCUCGGUUGGCUCAAUUGGUUGUGUUCAAACUCAAGCAGCAGACGAAAGAACUUGACGACGUGAAUAAUCUAGUGGAGUUCCUGGUGAAACUGAGAUGCCCCAACGAUGACAUAUUCAGCUCCGAUGAUGAGCGGAAACCGUUCACGUUCCGAAAUAAAGUAAAGGUGACACAUGUGAUAGACGAUCACGUUAGAUGUUUGGCCAGUUUCAUAUGCGAGGAAAUAACAGAGACUGACGAGACCAAGGGCCCGGCGGUCUCGGAGACCGAGUGCUCGGAGAUCUGGGAGAAGGCGAGCAAAUGUCGCUGCGAUUGGAAAAUAGAGGUCUUCGAGAGGAACAGUAAAAAGAACGCAUCAUUCAGGAAAAACAGAUCGACAUUGUCCACGAGCCCGAAAAGUGAAAGUUUUAUUAGGAGACUGAUAUUUGAUGAAGAAAUUGGCGAUGGUAAAGUACAGUCUAACGAAGUGGUAUGCCCAGUGAACGUAAAUUCACCAGCUGGGGACAGCAGUUCUGCACUUUACACUGUCAACAUGGCAAAGUGCCAAGUUGUGGAAGCUGAAAUAUCAGACGACGACUCGGUGGCUUCUUGCCAGUCGGAUAGCGAGGAGGCCUAUCUCACAGCCUCAGAGCACUCCGAUCACCCUGACCCCCAUAAAGAAGAUGAGGACAAACUAGAGGAUGCCAGUGAUCGAGCAUUGGUGGAACCUUUUAUAUAUGGCGAGGAACCGACCAAGAUGGAUCGACUGGUGUAUGAAGCGAUAUUGCAGAGUGAUGUUCCGCUGGAGCAAUUUCCUAACGUAUACAGGUGGCGGCACACCAUUUCACUAUACCCACCUAAAGAGAGGGAAAAAUGGCAGCCAGGGCCAGGGCUGAAUGAGAGUACAACGCAGGCAUCGCUAUUGUUGACAAGCAGUCCUUGUGCGAGCAGUCCUUUUGUGAGCAGUCCUUUUGCCAGCAGUCCUUUUGUGGUCAGUCCUUGUUCGAGAGUGGGACGCGUGAGGUCGCGGUUGUCCGGCCGUUGCAGUACGCCCAACAAGGAACGAGAUGACGACUCCGGCAGAUCAUUGCCUCUACAGGUUUCGAACUGGCUUCGCGUCACUGGGCCAAAUUCACCUCGCUCGGCUACGGCAACCAAAAACAUGGGUCAUAAUGUUAGCUUUGGUUUCUGA